GGCAAACCCCGUCCCAGGUCUACGGACCCCUUCCCCUUUCUCUACAGGUAAGUCUUCUCUCCCUCUCAAAUCACAAUCGAAUACGGGCGACGCACUGCUCCGGGCUUCAGCACGGGCAAGCACCCAAGCCUCUCCCCUCUCCUCCCCUCCUCGGCGGCGCCCUCGCAGAUCCACCCUUCUCUCCGUCUCGCCACUGCAACCGGGCCCUCGUCUGCUCCGUCCCAGGUGUACAACCAGUUUCUGGAUUUUGAAAUAUAUGGAUAAUAACCUUCAAGAAUCGAUAUGAAUUGUUGUGGAUGUUCAGCUUGCAGAUAAACAAGACGGACUUGCUUUGUUAUGGGAAAAGAAUUCGUAGUAUCCUAAUGUUCUUUAUAUCAAAAUGGAUAGCUUCAUCUGUUCAGAUGGUUGACUAGUCACCUCUCAGAGAUCUGGAAAAACAUUAUUGGUAUAGUAACAAGCAGGCACAAUGAUUAACAGACAACUUUUGCUGACGUACUUUUAUCUACUCAUUUAUAUUUGCCUCUCAUCAGGAGUUAUCUUGUAUAACAAGUGGGUUCUAUCUCCAAAAUAUUUCAAAUUUCCCUUUCCUAUUACUCUUACUAUGAUUCACAUGGGAUUUUCCGGCGUGGUAGCAUUCCUCCUUGUUCGUGUUUUUAAGGUUGUGACACCUGUCAAGAUGACUUUUCAGAUAUAUGCAACAUGCGUGAUUCCCAUUAGUGCGUUCUUUGCAUCAAGUCUUUGGUUUGGUAACACAGCUUAUUUGCAUAUAUCAGUUGCUUUUAUUCAGAUGCUCAAGGCCUUAAUGCCUGUCGCAACGUUCCUCAUGGCUGUUAUAUGUGGCAUUGACAAAUUAAGGUGCGACGUCUUCUUGAACAUGGUGCUGGUCAGUGUUGGAGUCGUAAUUUCAUCAUACGGAGAAAUUCACUUUAAUGCAAUUGGAACAGUUUACCAGGUUACUGGUAUAUUUGCAGAAGCUUUAAGGCUGGUCUUAACUCAAGUCCUCCUUCAGAAAAAGGGCUUGACUCUAAAUCCUGUUACCAGUCUAUAUUACAUAGCCCCCUGCAGUUUCCUCUUUCUAUUUGUACCUUGGUAUCUAUUGGAGAAACCAGGGAUGGAGAUUUCACAGAUUCAGUUCAACUUCUGGAUAUUUUUCUCAAAUGCUCUUUGCGCUUUGGCCUUGAAUUUCUCUAUAUUUCUAGUAAUUGGUAGAACUGGGGCAGUCACCAUCCGUGUUGCUGGGGUACUCAAGGACUGGAUAUUAAUUGCUCUAUCAACAAUUGUAUUUCCUGAAUCUACUAUUACUGGUCUUAAUAUAAUUGGCUAUGCAAUUGCUCUUUGUGGCGUUGUCAUGUACAACUAUUUGAAAGUUAAGGAUGUCCGAGCAUCAAAUCAACUUCCUGGAGAGAGCAUCCCCGAAAGAGUAACAAAGGAGUGGAAGUUGGAUAAGAAGUCAUCAGAUAUAUACACUGAUGAUAGUAACAACAGCAACAAUGCAGGAAACAUUGCUGGUGCUGCUGCCUCAGAGUCGAUUGUGGGAGAUGAAGAAGCACCCCUUCUUCCAUCAUCAAGAUUGACCUACACUGGUCGAAGCCAAGUCAGCAGCCGCACUGCAUAGUACAAUACAUGUUAUGAUUCAAUUUCUUGUUACCAAAUUCUCUUAGAAGCCUCUUCCCAAGAACCCAUUUUUUGCAGAGAUUGAUUCUAGGAGCAUCAGCAUUGCAUCCUGAAGGUUGAUACGAGAAUGAUUCAUUGUAAAAACUCUCGUUGUUUUGCAGUUCCUUUUUUUGUUUUCAGCUACGAUUUAAUAGAAACAUAGUUUGGGAAGAAUCAUAACACUUUAUCGUGGACAGCUUGGGCUUGGAAGGGUUUUGGCUGUCCGGGCACAAGUAAAAGGGGAUGAGUUCUUGUUAAUUCAUAUCUCAUACAAUCAUUGUUUUAGAUUCAUAAACAUUUUCUUUUUUAAA